AUGACAGUCCAUCUUCUUUGGAUUAUUAAUCAAUCAGGUCAACUUAUUGCAAAGGCCAGUUUCACUGCUCCGGAGAAUAUUGGAGAACUUGGGGCCAAACCAGAUUUACAACUCACCAUGUCUAGUAUUCUCUUCUCCACAUAUGGUAUGUCUCAGGAGAUUACACCAAAUGCCAAUCCUGUUGACAGUGCAGGAAUGUGCCUCGUAGAACUUGAUGAACAUAAUAUUCACAUUUAUGAGACACCAACACUUGUGAAAUUUGUAUUAGUAUCCGAUAGCCGUACACGUGAAUGUGAUGCACUCUUUCGUGAAUUACAUACUUUAUAUGUGGCUUAUGUGAUGAAAAAUCCAUUUCAUAUUGUUGAUGAGGGUGGUAUUGGUCAACCUAUACGGAUAUCUGCCUUUACAGAAGCUGUUAAGAGAGCCGUGGAUAAGUACCAUGCGUCCGGUACACAGUCAAGUGGAAAGAAGUGA